AUGGACAAAGAAAUAAUCAAGCAAUCUUUAGGCGUGCAUCCUGGUUUCCCAAAGCCUGGAAUCACCUUCUUGGAUAUAUUCCCUUUGCUCGCGGACCCGCUAAAGUUUGAAAUACUCAUCACCCACUUAAUGUCACAUAUCACAUCUCAUACGAUCCCUCAACUUGGCAAGGGCGGUAAAGUAGACGCCGUCGUUGGAUUAGAUGCAAGAGGUUUCUUGUUGGGUCCAAUUCUUGCCAUGAGAUUGGGUGCUGCGUUCGUCCCUGUGAGGAAAGGCGGAAAAUUGCCUGGACAGUGCAGCAAAGUGGAGUACACAUUAGAGUAUGGCAAAGACAUCUUUGAAAUGCAACAAGGCACUAUAAAGCCUGGCCAGAAUGUGAUCGUUAUCGAUGAUCUUAUCGCGACUGGUGGAUCUGCAACCGCAGCAGGACAAUUAAUUAAGCAAGCUGGUGGUACAACUCUUGAAUAUUUGUUCAUUGUCGCCCUUCCUUUCCUCAAAGGACUCGAGAAGCUCGAUGCUCCUGCGUACUUCAUUGUUGAAGGCGAGGAUUAA